CAGCAGAAUGGAACUGAGGAAAGGACAUCAGCCGAUGCAGGGGCCCAAGUGAGAGGGACGGACCAGGCGUGGAGCUUGCACCAUGGACCUUUGUCCACCUGCUGCUCUUUAACUGCCGAGGGCCAGUGACGUUGCUGGAGAGCAAUGGCUCUCUUUACUCCAUGGAAGUUGUCUUCUCAGAAGCUGGGGUUUUUCCUGGUGACUUUUGGCUUCAUUUGGGGUAUGAUGCUCCUGCAUUUUACCAUCCAGCAGCGAACACAGCCUGAAAGCAGCUCCAUGCUAUGUGAACAGAUUUUGGACCUCAGCAAAAGAUACAUCAAGGCGCUUGCAGAUGAAAACAGGAACGUGGUGGAUGGGCCCUACGCCGGUGUCAUGACUGCUUACGAUCUGAAGAAGACUUUGGCUGUGUUACUGGAUAACAUUUUGCAGCGCAUUGGCAAGUUGGAGUCGAAGGUGGACAAUCUCGUAAUCAAUGGCACAGGAACAAACCUGACCAACACCACCACAGCUGUGCCCAGCCUGGGCGUGCUUGAGAAAAUGAAUGUGGCAGAUAUCAUUAAUGGAGCUCAAGAAAAAUGUGUAUUGCCUCCUAUGGAUGGCUACCCCCACUGCGAGGGGAAAAUUAAGUGGAUGAAAGAUAUGUGGCGCUCAGAUCCCUGCUACGCAGAGUAUGGAGUGGACGGGUCCACCUGCUCUUUCUUUAUUUACCUCAGUGAGGUUGAAAAUUGGUGUCCUCAUUUACCUUGGAGAGUAAAAAAUCCCUAUGAGGAAGCUGAUCAUAAUUCAUUGGCAGAGAUUCGUACGGAUUUUAAUAUUCUCUACAAUACAAUGAAAAAGCAUGAAGAAUUCCGGUGGAUGAGACUCCGGAUCCGGCGAAUGGCUGAUGCAUGGAUCCAGGCAAUCAAGGCGCUGGCAGAAAAGCAGAAUCUUGAAAAGAGAAAGAGGAAGAAAGUCCUGGUUCACCUUGGACUCCUGACCAAGGAAUCUGGAUUUAAGAUUGCAGAGACAGCUUUCAGCGGUGGCCCUCUCGGCGAAUUAGUUCAGUGGAGUGAUUUAAUUACAUCUCUGUACUUACUGGGCCAUGACAUUAGGAUUUCAGCUUCACUGGCUGAGCUCAAGGAAAUAAUGAAGAAAGUUGUAGGGAACCGCUCUGGUUGCCCGACUGUAGGAGACAGAAUCGUUGAGCUUAUUUAUAUUGACAUUGUGGGCCUCGCUCAAUUCAAGAAAACUCUUGGACCAUCCUGGGUUCAUUACCAGUGCAUGCUCAGAGUCCUGGACUCAUUUGGCACGGAACCGGAAUUUAACCAUGCUAAUUAUGCCCAGUCUAAAGGCCACAAGACCCCCUGGGGAAAGUGGAACCUGAACCCUCAGCAGUUUUACACCAUGUUUCCUCAUACUCCAGACAACAGCUUCCUGGGGUUCGUGGUAGAGCAGCAUCUGAACUCCAGUGACAUUUACCACAUCAACGAGAUCAAAAGGCAGAACCAGUCCCUGGUGUAUGGCAAAGUGGAUAGCUUUUGGAAGAAUAAGAAGGUCUACCUGGACAUUAUUCACACAUACAUGGAAGUGCAUGCAACCGUCUACGGCUCCAGCACAAAGAAUAUCCCCAGUUACGUGAAAAAUCACGGUAUCCUCAGUGGCCGGGACCUGCAGUUUCUUCUCCGGGAAACCAAACUGUUUGUUGGGCUUGGGUUCCCUUAUGAGGGCCCAGCUCCCCUGGAGGCCAUUGCGAAUGGAUGUGCUUUCCUGAAUCCCAAAUUCAACCCGGCCAAAAGCAGCAAAAACACAGACUUUUUCAUUGGCAAGCCAACUCUGAGAGAGCUAACAUCUCAGCAUCCUUAUGCCGAAGUUUUCAUUGGCCGGCCCCAUGUGUGGACUGUCGACCUCAACAACCAGGAAGAAGUGGAGGAUGCAGUGAAAGCAAUUUUAAAUCAAAAGAUUGAGCCGUACAUGCCAUAUGAAUUCACGUGCGAGGGGAUGCUGCAGAGAAUCAACGCCUUCAUCGAGAAACAGGACUUCUGCCAUGGGCAGGUGAUGUGGCCUCCACUCAGUGCCCUGCAGGUGAAGCUUGCGGAGCCCGGGAAGUCCUGCAAGCAGGUGUGCCAGGAGAGCCAGCUCAUCUGUGAGCCAUCCUUCUUCCAGCACCUCAACAAGGACAAGGACUUGCUGAAGUACGAGGUGGUCUGCCAGAGCUCUGAGCUGGCCAAAGACAUCCUGGUGCCCUCCUUCGAUCCCAAGAGCAAGCACUGUGUGUUUCAGGGGGACCUGCUGCUCUUCAGCUGUGCGGGCGCCCACCCCAGGCACCAGAGGAUCUGCCCCUGCCGGGACUUCUUCAAAGGCCAGGUGGCUCUGUGCAAAGACUGCCUAUAGCGGCCAUCCUCCACAGCC